UCCUGUCUAAACCCUGAUUAAACCCUACCGGAUCGCAGCCCUAAUUUUGCAGUCGAUUCAGAGAGAGAGAGAGAGAGAGAGAGAGAGAGAGAGAGAGAAAAUGGGGAGGUCAAGGAGAAAGUACAAGAAAUCGAGGCCGAAGGUUCGAGUCGGCCUCCCGAAGAAGAACCCCAGAGUCGUCAAAGCCGCCUUCAACCUCCCUCCGAAGCUGCGGUCCUUCAUCCGGGACUCCGUCUCAGGCGGCGCCGACAUCGAGUGGGACGACAUGGGAAGCGUCAUCCGGAACUACAAGUCCUUCGGCGUUGUCUCCAACCCUAAUCUGCUCGGGGUCCGAUCGCGCAACUCUCACACCGUCGAGAGCGGCGUCCUCCAGGUCCCGCCCCCUCCUCAGCCGUCCGAUGAGGCCGCCGAAGCUGCGGAAUGCGACCUGAUCGACUCGGGUAGCGAUCUCGAAGAAGACGAUUUGAAAUCAGCUCUCGGGAAGAAAAGAAGAGAUGGAAAAUCUGCACCUCCGCAGCCAUUGACUGCCAUGCAACGUGUUCACGUUGGGCGGUUGAUCGAGAAAUACGGAGAUGACUAUCAGGCGAUGUUCAGGGAUAUGAAGUUGAACGCGAUGCAGCAUUCGGUUGCAACUUUGGAGAAGCUGUGUAAAAGGUAUCGCAUGUAUGGGGAUAAGAAUCCUUUGAUUCGUUCUUGUUAGAGGUCCGGUUGUGCUCUUUAAGACCGGUGAAAUAUGCUGUAAUCCAUUAGCGCUCUUUUAUGGGUGCGUUGUGCUUCUUUCAA